GUUAACAAGGACAGUACCAUGGGAGAUAACAACUCUAGUGACAACCACAUUCCCACAUUCAAAGAUGAAAUAAUGAAUGAAUUUGCUGAUGUAUUUAAAGGUAUUGGAUGUCUUCCAGUUACUUACAAGAUUAAGCUCAAGCAUGAUGCUAACCCUGUUAUACAUCCUGCAAGGAAAGUUCCGUGACAGAGAACAGAUGGAAAGAGAUAGCCGAUGCAACUGCAGAGCUUGUCAGAAAUACAAACACCAACAACAGAAAGACCCUCUUGAGCCACAUGAGGUACCAAAUGGACCAUGGAUGAAAGUAGGUGCUGACCUCUUCCAGUUUGAUGGUAAGGACUAUAUACUUGUGAUAGACUAUAUGUCAAACUAUCCUGAAGUAGCACUGCUGGUUGGUAUCACAAAAAUAACCGCAGUAGUCAACCACAUGAAAUCAUUUUUUGCAAGGCACGGGAUCCCUCGCACUAUUGUAACAGAUGGCGGACCACAAUUCAUAAGUGACGAAUUUGAUGCUUUUGUGAAGUCAUAUGGAAUUGACAUACUUUUUCUGAUCCACACUACGCCGUGGUGUGUGACGUCACCGGAAGUUGUAUAAACCGGAUAUCGUUACAUGAUCCACACUACGCCAAAGGAAAUGGACAAGCAGAGGAAAGGUUCAGGGUGUAGAAAACUUACGAAAAAGUCAGUUGAAAACAAGAAGGAUAUUUGGCAUUGUUAGCCUACAGAAACACACCCUUAGAUGGGGAAAAAUCUGCUGGACUUAUGAUGAAUCUCAAGUCGAGAACCAAGCCACCAAGUGCUUCACGCUAUAAUAGGGUCCGCGCCCGGUCGGGGGGACUGGGAUUAGAAGAGGCGCCGCCAAGUGCUUCACGCUAUAAGUGACUAACAUGUCUUGGUGCAAAACAAGAAAGACUUAAACAGAAACUGUUCUAUGAUAUUAAGUCUAAACCAUUGAAUUGAGACCCUUCGAUAAAAAGGAGACGGUGAGAAUGGGUGAAAAGAAUUGUGGGAGCAAGAAAGCUGUUAUUUGUAAGAAACUGACAGAUCGCUCUUACAAAAGUCAGAGGAUGGUGGAGUCUAUGUGAGAAAUCGUAUCCACCUACUACCCACAAAGGAGAAGUUUGAAGAGUUUCCAGUUACUGUUGAUGAUGAGUCAAAUGCUGAAAUGAGUCCAGAAAGCAAGACACAACAGGUGGUAAAUACACCUCAGAAAGGUACUGUUGUUGGUAAGAUCCAGUCGUGCCUAGAUCUCAGAGACAAAUUAACAAACCACAAAGACUCAUUGAAGAAUUCUAGACAUGUUUAAUAGAACAUGAACAUUUCUGAACUCUGAGCAUUAGCUGUUGUUAAGUCCAUAAGACUUCGUUACAGUUGUUUUUUGUUGUUGUUUUUUUGUUGAUAUUUUUCUUAAAGGGAAAGAUGUAAUGAUUUUUCAAGCUAUACUUAUGUCACGCGAUUCACGUCAGGGUUCUGUGUGUGUAAUAAAUUCAACAGGGCGGCGUUCACCAUGCGGUCGUUUGUCUGACUCGUAAAUAACUAAACAUCAUACUCCAUAUUAUUCGGAAAUGUCUAAGACAUUAUGAUAUUAGAAGACGAAAGACCCCAAGACCUCAAAAGCAUUCAAGGAUUUCUAC